AUGCGGUGCCGGCUGCAAACGCUUUUCCAAAGGAAAUUUAAAGUCAGCCUCCUCUUUCUCCUGCUCUUGGCCAUCCUGGUGCACCUGGUGAUGGAUUUGGCUCUCCCCACACCCCGCAGGCCCUGUGGCUGCGAUGGGAAAGCACCGAAAGGCUUGGGUGUCCUGUCAGGCAGCCCCGUGCUGGCUGGCCCCAAAAAGAUGAGCCUGCGAAUCCUUCAGGAUUUCAGUGGCAGCAACAGCUCCUUGGAGAAAAGCUCCCAGCCGCAGGGAGCGAGGCCGCAAGUAAGGGCUGGAGAGUCGGGGGUCCGACACCCCAGCGGAGAGGGGCACACGGGGCAGACCAAGGGAUCAAAGCUGGAAGAGCUCUUCAAGCAUCCUCUUUACAACAUCCCAGUCCCGGAGGUGAUGGAGAAAGACAAGCUGUUUGUCGUCAACCCCACGGAGAAGUUCAGCCUGCACAGCGGCGGGAGCGACGAAUGGGUCAGCAGCAGUAAAGCCGAGGCGCUCCUCCCGACAGGGAAGACGGCUUACGACACCUACCCACCCUGGCUCAAAUUCCAUGUCGGCAUCAACCGCUAUGAGCUGUACCCACGCCGGGACCCCCUGAUGCCCACCCUCCUCCGGGACUUGGCCACGCAGAGGAUUGUCAGCUCAGUCCAGAAGUCUGGCGGGACCCAGCUUAAACUCAUCAUGACGUUCCCGAAUUAUGGGCAGGCCCUCUUCAAGCCCAUGAAGCAGUCCCGGGACCAGGAGACCCCCAUUGACUUCUUCUACUUCUCGGACUUUGAGAGGCACAAUGCAGAGAUUGCCGCCUUCCACCUGGACAGGAUCUUGGAUUUCCGGCGAAUCCCCCCAGUUUCUGGCCGUUUGGUCAAUAUAACGAAGGAGAUUCGUGACAUCACCACAGACAAGAAACUGGCCAAGACGUUCUUCGUCUCCCCAGCGGGCAACGUCUGCUUCUACGGGGAGUGCUCCUACUACUGCUCCACCGAGCACGCCCUCUGCGGCAAGCCGGACCGGCUGGAGGGCUCCAUGGCCGCCCUGCUGCCCGACAAGACCUUGGCCAAGCGCCGCUCCUGGCGCAGCCCCUGGCGCCGCUCCUACCACAAGAGCAAGAAGGCUGAGUGGGAGCUGAACCCCAACUACUGCGCUCAGGUGCGAGAGACGCCGCCCUACGACAGGGGCCAUCGGCUCCUCGACUUCAUCGACAUGACCGUCCUCGAUUUCCUGAUGGGCAACAUGGACCGGCACCACUAUGAAACCUUCGAGAAAUUUGGGAACGACACCUUCCUGCUCCACCUGGACAACGGCCGCGGUUUCGGCACGUACUCCCGCGACGAGCCAUCCAUCCUGGCCCCGCUCCGGCAAUGCUGCAGCAUCAAGAAGUCGACCUACCUGCGGCUGCAGCUGCUGGCCACCCAGCCCUAUCGCCUCAGCGACCUGCUGCGGGAGGCACUGGCCACCGACCCCCUGGCCCCCAUCCUGGCCGAGCCCCACCUGCGGGCGCUGGACCGGCGCCUGGGGAAGGUGCUGGCGGCGGUGGGACGCUGCCUGGCCGGGGCGGCCCGCCCGGACCAGGUGCUGGUGGAUGAUUUGGGGCGACGGGUGUGAUGGGGAGGGCUCGGUAACCCCGUUGGGUUGGGGUGUUUCGGUGCGCUGCUGCGGGCGGUAACGGGGACCGGCGUGCAGCUCUGACUCCGUGGAGCAUCGGCUUUUGGGGGGCGCAGGAGCCGGCGGCACGAUGCACCAGGAAAGCGGGCUGUAAGGAUAGCGGGGACGGGGAGGGUAUUUAAAUAAAAAGGUUGGCCUAGUGCAGGAGACAAAAGCUGAGAUCUCCCCCACCAGGGCUGCUUUCCCAGCCCUGGCCUGUCCUUGCGUGCCUGGUCGUGUCGCUUCAGCCCUCCAAAACUUUUUAGGAAAGGGCAGGGGUUUUUCCUACCUUUCCCCACCAAGAGCUGCCAAACUGGAGCAGUAGGCAAGCUCCUGCCCCGCCCUCACCCAGCGCAGCGAUGCCCCUGGUGAUCCCCCAAAAGAAAGCUGAGGCUCCCCACUGCUGAUGUGGGGAAACUGAGGCACAAGCUCCCAGCCACUCGCUGCUUAUCCCUGCCCUGCUUUUCCCACACCCACCCGAAAACCCCCACGGCUCCGGCAUCGCCGCCUCCACCGCAGCACUUGGGGGUGCAGCAAGGGGGGGGAUAAACCCCACUUCCCCC